UGGACCCGCUGGGGUGGACUUGUCCACGUGGACUCCGCGGAGCUGGACUGACCAAACAAUGACGCCGAUAAUGAGCUGAUUAGAUUCGCACGCGAGUGGCGCCGGCGCGGGCGCCGGUCGUGUACCUUGCGACUAAGGAAUGUUUUCUCGUGCUUGCUGUAUUCCAAGGCGCUCAUGAUGAGUACCAGUACCUACUACAGGAGGACAACCGGUUGGAGAGGAGGAGGUGAGACAAAAAUGCAUGGGCAAAUGUUUGUGGUGUACAACACAUAGAGUAGAGUAGUAGCUAUGACAAAUUAUGUAUGGAGAACAUCAGGUGCGCGAGAAGUGAGAGUAGUCAAUUAUCAAAAGGUGGAGGAAUGCAUCGAGAGGGAGAAGAGGGAAUACGGCAGCCUGCACCGGAGCAUACACUCAAGUUCGUGUCUUCUAUUCCAUUGCCGAGCACAAUCUCCAUGCCCUCCGCUCGAACCAUGAGUGCAGGUCCAUUCGCCAUCACUGUCAGGAUGAAGAGAGAGCUGCUAGGUGAGGCGUCAUUGCACUGAAGAUACUGAAUAUCUGUAGAAUAGCGAGGCACAUGUCAGCACUCGGAAAUCGGAUUCCCAGAGUAUUGAUUCGGUGUACCAUCAACUCUUCAAACAGCAGGGACGUGCACAUGCGCCGUGCCCUCCUCCACAAACGCGCCCUUCAC